UCAAAAUGUCAAAAUCAGCUGUCGUAUGAGAAUCAUGCGUGUUAAAUUUUAUAUUUUAAUAUUAUUGUUGUGAUUUGUGAAUAAAUAAAAACAAAUCUAGUUGUAAUUACACAAAAUAAACAUGACCUCGACUCCCUCAAAAGCCGACACAAGUUAUUCAACCUUAACACCGGUAAGAUUUCUUGAUAGUCCCAAACAAAAGUUCCAAAAUGACCAACUCUUGUCCUGCAAAACCCGCCUUGACACCCUUACAAACACUCUACUGGACAACUUUACCAAAUGGCAAACAGCCCAAAAACGUGGUCAAUCUUUGUGCAAUUCAAUUGAAGCUAUAAAGACAAAAUGUAUGGAAAAUAAUAAAACCCCAGGAGGUUCGUUGUUUCCCGAGGAACUACAACCAUAUUGCGAUAAGCUAGCCAUCAUAUUCAGUGUUUUCGAAGAUAUUGUAAAAAAUACCAAGGAGGCUCUAAGACAACUCACAGCUAUAGCCAAACUUCAAGGUACAGGUUCCGAGAUAUUCUACAGAACGUGGUUCAUAGAGGAUUUCAUUGAUUUCACGAAAACCAUACUCGAACGAUAUCAAGCUGAAUGUGAUGUGAAGAAAUUUGUGACAGAGGAAAUCGCUCAUUGUCGGGAUAGAUGUGACUUAAUACGAGUAUCCAGUCUAUGGGAAUAUCCUUGCCAUGUCGAUGAAAGAGUGAAACUUUUGUUCUUGUUUCUAGCUGAGGAAUUAAAAGUUAAAUAAAAUUGUAUGUGAACGACGAAAAUAAAAGAUAA